UUUAAAACAUAUUUUCUUACAUGAAUUGUUCUAUAACUUAAAGACAGAAACUGUGUACAAGUGUGAUAUGAAUUCAUGUGUUGUAUUCAUAGUAAUAACGCAUGUUUAAUGGUGCAGGUGGACAGCAGCAUGAGCCGCUUCACACGGCCUACAUCUGUCAGUGUCAGAUCAAUAGAGAUGAUAGGAGAAGAAGAAGGGAUGCUGCCGUCUGGUUGGCUGAUCCUCCAGGCCCCGCCCCCUCAGUGGAGACAUAUAAAUGACAGGGGAGACACCUCUCAUCAUCACAUGUUGUUCUGUGUCCAUCUUUACCCCGUUUUUACUGCAGCACAGGUUUAGAAAAACUCUCCUUUGAAAGUUUGUAUCGGACCUUAAAGUAGCAUCAGAGAACCCUGUUUUACGGAGUCUUUGAAUGCACCGCUGAGGCAGUUUUCUGCAGGACUGUUUGGCUGCUCUGGAUCAUGAUGGAGCUGAAGGACUUCUGUCUGACAGACGACUGUCGCUUCAUCAGCACACAGUGCUUCUUGGACUGCUCCUCCUCCUCCUCUUCCUCCUUCUGCCUCACUGAUGAAGCCCUGUCUCCGGCCUCCUUCCUCCUCUACUCCCCCCACAGCCCCUCUCUACGCCUGGACACCAUGCCCUCUCUCAGCCCCUCUCACCGGGCUUCCUCCUCCUCUUCCUCCUCCUCUUCCUCCUCCUCCUCCUCCUCCCCCUCCUCCUCGUACUGCUGUGCAGCGCUGGAGCUCCACUCCUCUUCAGGGUUUACUUCCAGCAGUGGAGGCAUGGAGGUGUCCGAGGCCUCAGUGUGUUUCUCAGUGUCGCAGACGGAUUCCUUUUCGGCGCAGGUGGACUCCAUCCUGAGGGGGGACUACCUGACUCUGGGGGCCCCGGGGCCACGGAGGCUGUGCCUGGUUUGCGGGGACAGGGCCUCCGGGUUCCACUACGGCGUGGCGUCCUGCGAGGCGUGCAAGGCCUUCUUCAAGAGGAGCGUGCAAGGUAACAUUGACUACAGCUGCCCGGUGGCGAGCGAGUGCGAGAUCACGAAGCGCCGCAGGAAGGCGUGUCAGGCGUGCCGCUUCCAGAAGUGUCUGCAGGCCGGCAUGAUGAGGGAGGGAGUUCGGAUGGACAGAGUGAGGGGAGGGCGUCAGAAAUACAAAAGGCCGAUGGAGAGCGGCGUCACUGUUUACUGCAAGGCCCCCAACAACCCCCCCGCCAGCAGCCGUAACAAGGUGAUUUCCCACCUGCUGCUGACAGAGCCCACCCCCCUGUCUGCCACUCAGGACGAGUCGACCAAUGAGAGCAGCCUGAGCACCGUGCUGACCCUCUGUGACCUCCUGAACCGCCAGCUGCUUCUCCUGAUUGGCUGGGCCAAACAGAUCCCAGGUUUCUCCGCGCUCUCAUUGGUCGACCAGAUGCUGCUGCUGCAGAGCGGUUGGAUGGAGGUGCUGCUGGUGGGCGUGGCCUGGCGGUCACAGGGGGAGGAGCUUGUGUUCGCCGAGAACCUGCGGUUGGACGAGGCCCAGUGUCGAGCAGCGGGAUUGGCCGAUCUCUACGAGGCGCUGCGACACCUGACCGCCAAAUACCAGACGAUGAACCUGAGCCCCGAGGAGGCGGUGACGCUGAAAGCCAUGGCCCUCGCUAACACUGACGCUGACCCGGCGGACUCCUCCUCGCUGCAGCGGCUGCAGGACGGCCUGCAGGAGGCGCUGCAGGAGUACGAGGCGACCCGGGGCGAGCGGCACCGGGGUGGCCGGCUGCUGAUGAGCCUCCCCCUCCUCAGACAGACCGCCGACCGGGCAGUGCAGAACCUCCUCAGGAUACACCGGGACCACCGGGUACCAAUACACAGGCUGCUGCUGGAGAUGAUACUGUGACCGUCGUCAUCAUCAUCAUCAUCAUCAUCAUCAUCAUCAUCAGACUGCUGCUCGAGAUGAUGGAAGAACCAGAACCAUUUAUUAUUAAUAAUUUGAAUUGUUUUUAUUUGAUUUAUUAUUAGAAUUAUCAUCAUUUCUAUUUUCUUAUUGUCACUUCUGAACUAUGUAUUCUUGAAAUGAUCGUUAUGACUUUUAAGAGACUAUUCAAACCUUUUUCAAGACUACCAAAAAGUCCUCACCAUCUACAUAUUGACAAAGUAUUAUUUUCAGUUUCCCCACCGAGGAUCCAACGGGCAGCAUGUUAAAUAAAGGGCUUGGAUGUAAGACUUUCAUUUAUUUUUGUAAUAAAGCAUAUAUUUAAUUAAUGCAAAGGUAUUUUUUUAAAUGUGAACUUUCUCUCAAAGCAGGAACUUGUGUGUAAAAUGUUUUAGCGUUAGAAGUGUUCGCUUGAUAAACUCAGCUGUAGUUGAUUAAAUGCUUUUGAAAUAAAAACAAAUGUCAAAGAUG